AUGGAGAAUCACACGGCAGUGACUGAGUUUAUUCUGAUGGGGCUCUCCAGUGACCCACAGGUCCAGAUGUUCCUCUUCCUGGUGUUUUUGGUUAUUUACCUGAUCACCCUUCUGGGGAACAUGCUGAUCAUAUUGGUGAUAUGGGCAGACCCCCACUUACACACACCCAUGUAUUUCUUCUUGAGUAACUUGUCCUUUGUCGAUAUCUGCUAUUCCUCAGUUACUGUCCCAGAGAUGCUGGUGAAUUUCCUCGCAGUGCAGAAAACUAUUUCUAUCAACAGCUGCCUCGUCUGCUGCCUCGUCCAGAUGUUCUUCUUUCUGGCAUCAGGCACCAGCAUGACAGAGAUCUUCAUGCUCUCUGCCAUGGCAUACGAUCGCUACGAAGCCAUAUGUCACCCUUUGACCUACAUACAAAACAUGAGCAAAGAGGUGUGUAUCCAGCUAGCCGGAGGGGCUUGGAAAAUUGGGUUUACUGUUGCAUUGGUCAACACCCUUCUCAUCCUAAGAGUGCACUUCUGCCAGGUCAACAAAAUCAAUCAUUUUUGUUGUGAAAUCCCCACAGUUCUGCAUAUCGCCUGCAGUGACACCAUGGUCAAUGAGGUGGUGGUUCUCACCUCCAGUGUUUUUGUGGGACUGGCUUCCUCCUCUGUGAUCAUUGUCUCUUAUGGUCUCAUAAUCUCCUCAAUCCUCAGAAUCCGCUCCACGGAGGGGCGGCGCAAGGCCUUUUCCACUUGCGGAUCCCAUCUGACUGUGGUUCUGUUCUUCUACGGAACAGCUUUUUGCAAGUACCUGAGACCAGCCUCGGGGGCCUCCUUCGAAAAGCUAGUCACGGUGCAAUACAGCAUUGUAACGCCGAUGCUAAACCCCAUCAUUUACAGCCUGAAAAACAAAGAGGUACACACCGCCCUGCGGAAAGUCCUAGGCAAAGGCCUAUGUUUUCCAAGCACAAUGGUUCCGAAAUAAUUAUUCAAUAAAGGUGCAGCCACACAAUAAACCCAUGGUUCUGUUUAUCUUUAUGAGUUUUGCAUCGUAAAAAUGAAAACUUUCAUCACGGGAAAUUCUA